AUGUAUGCGCGUGAGCAGAGAGAAGAGAAGAAGAAGAAGAAGAAGAAGAAGAAGAAGAAGAAGAAGAAGAAGAAGAAGAAGAAGAAGAAGAAGAAGAAGAAGAAGAAGAAGAAGAAGAAGAAGAAGAAGAAGAAGAAGAAGAAGAAGAAGAAGAAGAAGAAGAAGAAGAAGAAGAAGAAGAAGAAGAAGAAGAAGAAGAAGAAGAAGAAGAAGAAGAAGAAGAAGAAGAAGAAGAAGAAGAAGAAGAAGAAGAAGAAGAAGAAGAAGAAGAAGAAGAAGAAGAAGGGAGAUACCAAGAUACAAUAUCCAUAAGAAAUAGCCAAUAGCUAGGAGAGCAGCGAGCCACUAAUGUAAAGGAUCGG